AUGUCCGAGGGAUCCGUACCCGCUACCGCGGAUAAGAGAUUUGGUGGAUGCAACCUCAGGGUACGGGAGACUGCCAUUCAUGGACGGUUUUCGGGGUAUAACCAAAUACCUUUGUUCGAGGAAGAUCAAGAGCAUACUACGUUUGUGACUGACAGAGGAGCAUACUGCUACACUGUAAUUUCGUUCGGGCUAAAGAACGCAUGGGCGACCUACCAGCAUUUGGUAGACCAUAUGUUCAAGGAUCUGAGUGGGAAGACGAUGGAAGUAUGUAUCGACGAUAUGGUAGUGAAAUCUGAACAAAAGGAGUCGCAUUUUCUUGAUCUGCAGAAGACGUUCGAUAUCUUGAGGCAAUAUCGAAUGAAGCUCAAUCCAGCAAAAUUUUUGGUGAGUCCAAAAACUGGACAACCUAUCGGAGUUUAUCUGGAUUCAACGAAGGACGCGGUAAGUGCAGUGCUGUUUGUUACGGAUCCAUAUGAAAAGCCUGUUUACUUCGUCAGUAAAUCUUUGACGGGGCCGGAAACACGGUACAAAAAGAUUGAAAAGAUAGCACUUGCACUGUUCCAUGUAUCUCGUCGCCUCAAACCUUAUUUCCAAGGGAGGCAUAUCGAUGUCUACUCGGAAUACCCGCUGAAGAGAAUCCUGAAACGUGUUGAUGAUUCCAUCCGACUAGCCAUAUGGUCAAAUUUUCUGGGGGCGUAUGAAAUCAAGUACGAAACCAGACCUGCAGAGAAGGGACACGCCCUGGAUGCAUUGCUAGCAUAUUUUCCUGUGGACAACAUAGAAACAAUUACCGAAGAAGAAGAUGAGAUGUUGAACAAACCCACAAAGUCAACCACUAGUCAGACUGGAGGCGAGUCCGCGAUGGAGGUUGAUACACCUGAGCCGUUGUGGACCAUAUUUACUGAUGGGUCAUCAAAUGUUGGUGGAGAUGGAGUUGGAAGCGUCAUCCUUACUCCCGAAGGUUCGAGGAUCGAGAAAGCGACCAGAUUGGGCUUUCAAGCAUCAAAGAAUGAAGCAGCAAUUAUUGGUUUAAAGGCUGUCAAACUGUUAGAUGCGAGGAACGUGAAGCUGGUAACUGAUUCCAUGCUAGUAGUUAACCAGUUUCUGGGGAUCUGCAGAGCCAAGGAAGAGAGGAUGGCCUUAUAUUUGGAUCAUAUGAGACAGCUGGAAAAUGAAUUCGACCAAUUCUCUAUUGUGCAACGACCACGGUUGGAAAACAGGGACACGGACGCUUUAGAGUAUCUUUCUUCCGCAGUCGAAACUGAUACCACCCGUUUCGUUGUAGUGGAUUUCCAGGAGUUACCUAGCAUCUCCGACAGCCACCUUGUUUUGGCUCUCGAACACGCUAGUGGGGGCGAGAGAGCAACUACAUCAGCACAAGAAGAUAUUAACAACAAUAUGGAUGUUCACAGUCCAGUGAUAGAUGAUUCCAGCAGUCUUGCUGAAAACACUUCAGACAGGCGUCAACCUUAUUAUGUUCGGUAUCUGACAACCAGUGAACUCCCAGAAGAUGAGCAUCUCGCUUCAAAAGUUAUGAAGAAUUCUUGGAGAUAUUCAAUGAUCGAGGGACGGCUGUACCGCAAAUCUGUAGCUUUGGAGCAAUUUUUGCGGUGCAUAUCAGCCGAAGAAGGGGAACAGAUAUUGGCGGAGGCUCAUGAAGGAAUAUUUUUGGAACCAUUCUGGAGGGUGCAGUCUCGCGCACUUUCCCAGGGAUACUUCUGGCCAUACAUGUAG